UUCUCUGCAGCUCUAAAGCAGAAGAAUAGAGAUGGCUGGAUUUGAGAGAACUGAGGAUCAUGUGAGGAAAUAUAUUGAUCACUUCAGCCUUGAUAACUGUGCUCUGGGGAACCAGGGCUAUAACCGAAUUCUCAUACAGCUGUUUGGGUUUAUGGGUCAUGGCAAGUCCUCCCUCAUCAACUCCUGCCUGUAUGUAAUAGAUGAUGGAGCAUAUCACAUGUAUGCAAAAGCUUCGGCUUCCCACGCUAGUGUCACUUACAGUAGAACAGCCUACCCACUCACCGACACCAUCACUAUUGUGGAUAACAGGGGGUGCGCUACAUUCAAUGCGUAUGAGACUGGAGAGAUUUAUGCCCAGCUGGGUAACUUUAUUCCUCUGAAUCAGAAAGUUCAAUGGACAAAUGAUUAUGGAGCGAUGAUAAACAGACUGGAGGACUCAGAAAUGGAUCCUAAUUUCACAGAUUUUACUAUUCCAGUGUUCGUUUACAGUGUUAAAAAGGGACUCGCUGAAGGGGAAAAGAAAGAGACUAAAGAAUUCAUUGAAAACUGCCGGAAAAUGACAGGAGUUUAUCCAAUUGUGGUUCUGACCCACAAAACCUCUGGAGACUUCAUACAGGCUGAGAAGGAGUUCCUGCUGAUGGGAGUAGAAAAGGUGAUUAAGAUAGAAAACUACACAAAGGAGGAUCAUGGCAGAACACAAGGGCGCCACAAGGAGAUCCUUAAUCUUCUCUACAGCGUUCUGGAAGAUGUCAACUUCCAGAUGAAAUAUAAGAGGAACCCAAGAAAAGAGAGAGUUGAGCGCAAGAAAUUUCUGCUGAACUUUCUGCAUGAGAGAGAGAUGAAUAAACGACUGGAGCAAAAUGCUUAUGCAAAAUAUGAGAAAUUGAUAAAUUAA